UUAGGUAAACCGUCUCAUGUGUAUUUCUUAUGGUAGGUGAUUUUUUCAUUAGAAUCGUUUGGGGAAUUGCAUAAUUGCAUUUUAUCUUUCUGAAGUAUUAUUGUGUUGGCUCAUUGUAGUACUUUUAGGCAUUUUUAUUAGUUUUUAAAUGUGUUGGCAUGAACCUAUGUAAUCAUUAUCAUCUUUGUGGGAUGCGGCAUUAUGUUGGCGCUUUACUUGCAUAAGUUUUGCUGCAAACUGUUGUUGAACUUGUCAUAUAUAACUUGGCAUUGUAUCUGUAGUAUUCAUAUCAUAGAAAUAUUUUGUGAACAAUUGUAUUUUCUCAGCUUUAGCCCUUGGGUUUGCUUGAGUUUUCUCCUAUCUUACUGGAUAUCCUUUUGAUUUCUUUGUUUUCUUGAUCUGAGCUUUGUCCCAAACUGAUGGUAAAUACACCCUUUUGGUUGGUGACUUACAGCCAUUAUUGGAUAAUACAAAGAUGAAACGUUCACAAUUUUGUCACGUUGAGGCUGCGAACAUCCUAAAUAUUCAUGGUGUUCCCAACAUUUGGCAUAUUCCUCUCUUACUUAGAAACCAAAAUGCGCAUCAUUCAAUUCUAAAACAGCUCAAUUUGCUUAGCAUUGCCACACCUCCAGAUUUAGAAGCUUGGACCAGGAGGGCAGAAACAUUUGAUAAUCUCACUGAUUCUGUGAGGAUUGCAAUGGUGGGAAACUAUGUUGGUCUGACAGACUCAUAUUUAUCUGUAGUGAAGGUGUAAUGCUGGUUUAAUUUUUUGACUUCUAGACUAACUUUAUUUUACCCGUAGUAUAUGUUAUGAGAAAUUUCAUCCUUCAAUGGACACUUAAUGUUAUACAAGCCUU